AAUCCACCAAGCCUUGGCAAACCCGUUCCCCGCUGUUGAUUGCAACAUAGUCGGAGCUAAAUGAGCCAAUUCUCAUAGCUACCUACUAUAAACGGUUUAAGCUUAUCAUCGGCUAACUUUCUUACUGAUAAGCUAUGCUGAUCGGCGGGGAAGUUCGGUCAUUAUGCCCCCGAUGUAUGAUGAUCGUCACGGACUAGGAAGGUUGUUUGGAGAGGUUUAAAAGAUGAACAGCCCGCAUGAUAGGGUUGCACUGUUUUUCUUUCGACGUUGGAUUCUCUUCACGAGCUGGAAAUCAUGACGCUUCGCACUGCUUUCACUGGGCUUCUGUACGCUGGCUUGGCCACGGCAGUCCGAUAUAACGGCAAUCAAGUUGCCCUUGUCAAAGACGGUGAAGAAGCUGCCAAGAACUUUCCCGAGGUCGAACAGAUUCAGCUCCAGUCGCCCGCCUUCAUUGAUCCGAAGAGCAUCCCCGCUGGAUUCGACAAUGGCACAAGCGGACCAACAAGCGACGCUACUCUGAACUACUUCCUCGAGAGUCUUGCAUCCCGUAAUGGGUGGUUGACAUACAACAAUCCAUCAUUUAAAUCCGACGAAGGACGCUCAAUUCCUUAUGUCUACCUCUCCACCUCAUCCCAGCCUGAAAUCAAGGCCAAUUCAUCUUCAUCCGAGAAGCUCCGCGUCUACCUCCAAGGUGGCGUCCACGGAAAUGAACCCGGCGGCGACCAAGCUCUUCUCGCUUUGUUGGGCAAAUUCGACGCCAACUCAACCUGGGCAGCGUCAAUUCUCGAAAAGAUGGACAUUAUGAUCCUGCCCCGCUACAACCCUGAUGGCGUCGCCUACUUCCAGCGUUUUCUGGCAACAGGAUACGAUCCCAACAGAGAUCACAUUCGCUUCGCAAGUCAGCAAACCCGCGAGGUUAAAGCGCUGAUUGUUGACUUUGCUCCUCAUGUCAUGGUUGACGCUCAUGAAUACAGCGCCAAUCGCGCUUAUGGACUCAAAGAUCAGUGGGCGCAAGCCGUCGAUGGUCAAUUUGAUCCUAUGAAGAAUUUGAAUAUUCACAAGGAUAUUCGAGAAUACUCUGAGGAGGUUUUUGUGCCCAGAAUUGCUGGCGCGAUGGAUAAGCUGAAUCUGCGCUGGAGUCCUUAUAUCACUGGAAAUGCUAGGGAGGAGCCUUUGGUGUUUACACAGCUUGACACGCAGGCGCGAGCGGGAGAUGUUUCACUGGCGCUGACACAGGUUAUGGUCUUCCUCACUGAGACGAGAGGAAUCGGUCUUGGAAGCCAGCACUUCCAGCGUCGCGUUGCUUCAGGACUUACCAUGAUCGAGGCCAUUGUCCAAACAGCCGCUGAUAAGGCCGAAGAGGUCUACGAAGUCGUCGAAGGCGCCCGCAAGAAAUUCAUCGACGGAGUAGACGAAGUCGUUGUCACAGAUUCCUUCCAGCCUACAAACCGCACCUGGGACUUCAUCGACCUCCCAACCGGCAAACUCGUCGAAAUCCCCGUGCAAUUCCUCAGCUCAACACCCGUGAAAUCCAACCUUACCCGCUCGCGCCCCGAAGCAUACAUCUUCCCGCAAGCAUGGAAAGAAGCCGCCGAGCGUCUUCGCCUCAAUGGCGUUAAUGUGGAAAGCAUCCGCUCUGAGUUCCGCGGUGAAGUUGAAGCAUAUAAUGUUACGAGCAUUGAGUUGGCCAGUACUGUUUAUCAGGGAACUGUGCUGAACAAGGUUACUACUGAGAUUGUGAAGAAGGAGAUUAUGAUGCCGGCGGGGAGCUUUUGGGUUCCGACAAGGCAGGCUGCCGCGGGAUAUGCUUUUACUGUUCUUGAGCCGGAGAAUAUUGAUUCGUAUGCUACGUUCAAUAUUCUGCCGGUUAAUGUUGGGGAUGAGUAUCCUGUGUACAGAGUCUUGGGCUAGUUUGUGGCUAUAUCGCUAGAUCUACAUAAUCG